AUGGAAAAAUCGAAAGUCGCCCACGAUGGGCCCGAGGAUGAUGUUCAAUUGGCCGAAAUGGGGCAUAAACCCGAGCUGCAACGGAACUUUUCGACCUUGUCUAUGCUUGGACUGGCCUUUGCGGUGCUUAAUUCUUGGACGGCUCUAUCCGCGAGCUUGUCCCUCAGCUUACCCUCAGGGGGGAGCACUAGUGUCGUCUGGGGUUUGGUCACGGCGGGGUUCUGCAACCUCUGUAUUGCAGUGUCGCUAGCUGAAUUCUUGUCCGCAUAUCCAACGGCGGGGGGCCAGUAUCAUUGGGUAGCCGUAUCCUGGCCAAAAUGGGUUCCUAUCCUAUCCUGGGUAACCGGAUGGAUUAAUGUGGCCGGAUGGGUUGCCCUUGUCGCCACCAAUGCCCUUCUCUCCUGCCAAUUGAUUGCAGGAAUUGUGUCAUCCGUGUACCCGGACUUUGUUUGGCAGCGCUGGCAAGAGUUCCUGAUCUACGUGGGAUACACACUGCUUGCAUUCGUCAUCAACGCCUUCAUGAAUUCAAUUUUGCCUAUCAUCUACCGUGGAGCAUUCACCUGGUCCAUCGGUGGUUUUGUUCUGAUCUGCAUCACGGUGCUGGCUUGUGCAUCCCCGGACUACAACUCUGCCUACUUUGUGUUCUGCGACUUUGUCAAUCAAACUGGCUGGCCUGAUGGAGUGGCUUGGUUACUGGGGCUUCUUCAAGGGGGACUUGGAGUGACCGCAUUUGACGCGGUGGCUCACAUGAUCGAAGAGAUCCCCAACCCCUCGAUCAAAGGACCCAAGAUCAUGGUAGUUUGCGUCGGCAUUGGUACCUUUACAGGGGCGGUAUUCCUCAUUGUCCUCCUGUUCGUGGCGGGCAACAUGGACGAAGUAGUCAAUUCCAGCGCAGGGCCUCUACUAGAAAUCCUCAUCCAUGCCACUAACAACCGGGUGGGCGGCAUCUGCCUCCUCAUGCUUCCUCUCGUCUGUCUAUUAUUCGCAACACUCAGCGUCAUGACAACAAGCAGCCGAAUGAUCUUUGCAUUCGCCAGGCACGUCACCAACGGCGGCCUCCCCGCCUCCAAAUUCUUCGCGCGUGUGCACCCCAGACUCGGUCUUCCCUUGAACGCACUAAUGUUAACCGCCUUUGUGGUAAUUAUCUUCGGGUGCAUUUACCUCGGAUCAAGCAGUGCCUUCAACGCAAUUAUCUCCGCUUCUGUCGUCGCACUAGAUCUCUCCUACGCCAUGCCAAUCGCAGUGAAUUGUUUACGCGGACGGAGAACCCUCCCUGAUCGCAAGUGGAAAGUUCCUAAUGCAAUUGGCUGGGUGAUCGAUACUAUCUCGCUAUCGUAUAUUGCACUUACUACUGUGCUGUUCCUAUUCCCGCCUGAUCGGCCGGUUACGGGGAGUAGUAUGAAUUACUGCAUUGUUGCAUUUGCUAUUAUUGUCAUCGUCUCGGUGGUACAGUGGGUUGUGGACGGGAGGAAGAAUUUCACGGGGCCGAGGGUGGAUUUGUCUUGAUUUAUACCCCUGUAGAAGUUUAUCAUGGAGGCGGUUACAGAUUGAAGACAUAUGUGAGAUAGUAGCAGGGGGGUAGCUAUAAAAUCCUAGUUAGGGUACGUUCGUAUACAAAUACAUAGUUAAUAUUGUGGAACCAUAUCUUGUCACUGCUCUUCUUUUUUAUUUUUUCGUUUUUCCGCCCUUAUGUACUGGGGCGCGGAUUUGCGUAAUCAAGACGUUUCGGUUCAUAUAUUUUUGCACAAAGUGACGCAUCUAGCUUGACAAUAAUGGGCUAAAUGGAGUUAAGAUCUGAAGAGUACGAAUGCCUUGCUCUUCAAUGGCUUGUUGGGAGAGUCACUAGAAGCUGCU